AGCAGAGCGGUCAACUAGGCCUACCAAUACGGUACUAUACCAAUAUUUCUCUGAGUCUGACAGUAGUUUGACUGAGUUUAUCAAUUAUAGUUUGAAUAAAGUGAUGAUUCCAUUCCAUCGAUCUAUCACUAUACGUUAUUAGUGUUAGUCUUGCCCCGGCCCGGACCGGAGGACGUGCUGUAUUUUGUAUGAAUUUAUAAUCUAGAGUCUACGUUCAACCAAUCAUACCUUGUUCAUUGAAUGAGUGGUUCAACCAUUGAUUGUUUCGAAUACAGCUAUUGCAAGAUGUCUACUGGAAACUGGUAUGAUUCUGCCAUAGAGGGCAUCCUUCUAGACAUUACUGGUGUACUGUAUGAUAGCACAGACGAAGGGGGAGUUCCAAUACCUGGUUCAAUCGAUGCAGUUAAAAGAUUAAAGGGCUCAGGUAUCCAGGUCAGGUUCUGCACCAACGAGACCCAGUGUACUCGCCAGCAGCUGGUGGAUAAACUCCAGAGGUUGGGUUUUGAGCUCUCUGUCCCGGAAGUCUUUGCGCCUGCACCUGCAGCCUGCCAGUUGCUGAAGGCAAGAGGUUUAACACCACACCUGCUGGUCUAUCCAGAUGUUUUACCAGAGUUUGAGGCCUUUGACCUUGGAGCUAAGCCAACCUGUGUGGUUGUAGGUGAUGCUGCUGAUGUCUUCAACUAUGAGACGAUGAACAACGCCUUCAGGAAACUCCUGGAGAUGGAUCCACCUGUUCUUAUAUCCAUGGGUGCAGGGAAGUAUUAUCGUCAUGGAACAGAGUUAAUGCUAGAUGUAGGUCCAUUCACAAAAGCGUUAGAGUACGCCGUGAGGUGUGAAGCUGUUGUAGUUGGAAAGCCGGACAAGAAUUUCUUUCUUGGAGCACUUCAAGACAUGGGAAUUCAGCCUCAAAAUGCCAUAAUGAUAGGAGAUGAUAUAGUCAAUGAUGUUGGAGGUGCUCAGAGGUGUGGACUGCGAGGCCUUCAAGUCAGAACAGGAAAAUUCAGACCUUCUGAUGAACAUCAUUCUGAGGUUAAGCCUGAUGGUUUUGUAGACAACCUUGCUCAGGCUGUGGAUCUCUUACUCCAACACCAGAAGAAAUGAGCUGCUGACUUUUGAACACUUCCAUCAAUCUGCAGAAGUAGUCCUUUAUUUUGGUAUGAUACAUUACAAGGUGUGUACACCUUGGGCUAAUUGUCAGUGAGAAUAUUGAGGAUUCAACAGUCUAGUUUAUAGGCUCAUUGCCAAAUAACAAUUCCUCAUGGCAUGGGCCAUUAUACGGGAUGUGGACGGUCUAGAGUAUGUGCUGUUUUUGCAUCACUUUAUUUUAUGAAAA